GUCAGUUCAUGAGGGAUCCAACACAUAGCUUCCGAACUUUCAAUUCUUCGUGUAAAAUUUUCUGAAUUUGACUCAUACCAAUCCCCAAUAGUCCUCGAAUCGUCUGAUAGGUAAUCCGUGGUUUUUCUUCAAUUAGCCGCUUAACAGUAGCCGGUUCAGUUCAGUUCACGAAAUUCGGCAUAUGAAGAAACCUGACCUCUCUCAAAUUCAGCAAACCAUCGCCUCACGGUUCUCAAUCUAGGUGCUUCUCUCCCAAAAGCAUUUUGAAGACGAGCGGAAGUUUUGCGAAGAGGGAGGACUUUUAAAGUUAUAAAAAAUCAUCGCUCUAUAAUCUUUUUGACUUAAUUCCAUUUUCGUUGCGUACCUAGUACGUACGUACGUAACUUUGAUGUGGGAUAAAAAAGCAAUUGACAAAUGAUUUCCCCCCAAUUUUUUUAUUGUAUUACUGAAGAUUGCAAAGUGUCACAAAAUAUAUCAUUCGAAAUUCAAAUAGUUCCGAUUAGCUAGAAGUGCAAAACUUUUAGUGCGCCCCAUGUAGUAGUAAUUACAGUACCUAUGGCGAUUGGCGAAAAAGUCCGGCUAAGUCUGAAAGCGAACAGUUGCUUAAAACGUAGUGGAUUUCGGCUAUCUCCGUUUUUUACAGGGUUGUAGCCGUCAUCUGUCAAUCUAUCAAUGUCUGCGCGUUUCAUACAAUCGAGUGAAUCGCUUUUUUCUUAGAGAGUUUCGGCUCCAGGCCAUAAAUUAAAAAAAAAAGAGUUUCGCUAGGCUGACUGGAGUUACCAUGGAAACCGCGUCACAACAUUAUGAUCAAGCAUAUUUGUUGUGCUGGUAAUAUUUUAAGGAUAUAAAAGAUGUUAGAGAUGCGAUAUAGUGUAUCUAGACAGGGCCUUGAUAAGCCACGUACGGCUAUAAUAGACGAAGAUGAAGCCUUAUACGCCGGGUUCAAUGACGUGGCGCCGGCUUUGGAUACGAGAGGCAUCCGGGAAGAUACGGCACUGCAACAGACCCUGAGGACAGCUGGCAUCGGAAGACAGAUGCCAAGUAGAACGGGAACUGGUAUGUUUCGUAUUGGCACGGUGAACGUACGGGGGCCGGGAGCGUCGCGUGCGGGCACGGCGAGCACGAGGCCCGUCACAGCUCACCGAGCGGCCGGCUUCACGUCCGCCACCAGAGACACCAGCGCCAAAGACGAGAAGAAGGAAGACACGAUAGAAGACAAAGUCAAGCAAAUGGAAGCUCGAAUUAUGUCUCUUGUCGAAGAAUCGUGCAUGCUUAGUGCGCGGCCAGCGGCAGAAGACAAUGCUGACGAGCAAAAGAGGGAAAAUAAUCUUGCUCAGGCCCUCGCGAAAGCUCAGGAAGCGUCUGCACUAGAAAGACAACUGAUAAGAAUGCAAGAGCAGGCGAAUUUAGGAGACUCACACAAUCUGGAUCUAACGUUUUGUGUCCUCUGCAAUCUCGCAGAUCAGUACGCUCUCAAUGAAAUGUACACCGAAGCACUUAACACUUACCAGCUGCUUACAAAAAACAAACUAUUCCCUCAUGCCAACAGACUUAAAGUAAACAUGGGCAAUAUACAUUUCAAAAUGGGAGAACAUCCGAAAGCUCUGAAAUUGUAUCGUAUGGCGUUGGAUCAAACACCGACUGCUGAAAAGGAUCUAAGAAUGAAGGUAAUGCACAACAUCGGCCUGCUACUGGUACGGAUGGGAAAGUUCCGCGACGCUGUGACUAACUUCCAACACAUCAUGCAGGAGCAAGGCGACUUUCAAACAGGUCUACACCUGGUACUCUGUUCAGUUGCGCUAGACGACGCCGAGGGUGGGAAGGCAGCCUUUCAUUCCAUGCUCGAUGUAGAGCCUCCUAACUACCAUCACGACAUAGCUAUCGAUGACGAGAACGACGCGUACGAGUGCGUAGUCCGAGACGUGGUCCGUGGUGACCGACUGUCACGUUGGUCAAGGGCUGGUGCCUCACAUGCUGACCGCUGUCUGGCGCUAGCAGCGGCCGCGCUCGAGAGACCGCCGAGCCGGCACGCACUGCGAGAUGAAGAUUCUGGAAGCGCUUCUUGGUGCGUGGAGGCACUUCGUGGAUAUUCAGGCGGCGGCGCUGGGACGCGUCUAGAGCUCGGCAGUGCGCUUGCAUCGCUUCGCAGCGCCACAGCGGCCGGCGGAGGGGGAACGGCUGCGGGUGUUAAAGCGCUGCAGAGGCUGAAAACGGUGGCGCGCUCUCACCCCAACGACCGAGUGUUGAGGGCAGAGGCCAACGCAGACGCGGCUUUCAUUGCUUACGCUCUCAGCAAAUGGUCGGAGGCCCGAUCUCUCAGCGAGGCAGCAUGUCGCGACGAUCCUUACUCGUGCGCGGCUCGAGUGACAGCGGCCCUGUCAGAGUUGGCAGCGAGUAAUGGCGCCGAUGACACCGUACCAGCCGUUGUCAACCAACUGUCGGCUGCCACCCAUCUCGACCCAGCUAACGUCAUUGCUAUGCACGAUCUAGCUCUAGUGCUAGAGAUGAGCGGGGAAGAGAAUGGGGCUGAGGCCCGGUGGCAGCGGAUCCGUAGCGGAGCGGGAGCGGGCGCGGGUAAGACGCUGCGAGCGCUUGCGGCGUGCGGACUGGCGCGUCUGGCGUCGCCGGAGACUGCGCCCGCCCUGGAGCAUUGGUACAGCACAGUCGGUACAUGCGGCGUGAGUGCCUCGUGCGCUCUCGGCAAGCUCUACAGCGAUCUUGGCGACACGCAGUCUGCUAAGCAUCAUUACCAAGAUGUGGAAGCAGUCUGGCCCUGUGAGCUGUCGGCACUGGAGUGGCUGGCCAAGGAAGCAACUCCGGACGAAGCUCUGCAAUACUACAGACGAGCUGCGAGGAUACAGCCGACUAACCCUAAAUGGGGUCUUUUGAUCGGCAGCUGUCUACGGGCAAGUGGACGGUACCAGGACGCUUUAUCAGUGUACAAGAAACUCAACGCUAACUUUCCGGAUAAUGUGCAAUGCUUAAAGCUACUAGUGAAGUUAUGCGGAGACCAGGGCUUAUCAGAAACGAAGGCUUGGAGCCGGGAGUUGCAGCGAGCCCAGGCGAGAGUCAAGCAGCUGGAACGAGCAGCUACAGUGACAUCGGCUGGAAGCGGUUCUUCUCAUACAAGUCAGUCGCCAAUAGAUCAAUUUAAAAUUUCGCGAAGUGACAGCGGUAUCAGGAGCGAGAGCCGGACUCCUGCGUCUGCGCAUCGUCAAUCCAGCGGUGGCCGACCCAUCUCCACACGUUUAAACACAAGCGAGACGAGAAGUUCUUUGCAGCCCAUAAAACGGUCUGUAAACCGCCAGGACAGUAAGCAGAAAUACGACAUCGACGAAGACUUGCCCUUGCCACCAGAACAAUAAAAUAAAUAUAAUAUUGUAGAGCAGGGGUGCUCAAGCUUGAACUGCUGGCGAUCUACCUCAAAAUUGUUACACUACGAUCAAUCGACUCUGAGAGGCUUUAAGCAUGUGUGAUGAAGGAUUUUCUUCUAGGUAUUUGCAUUUUUUUAGUCAAAGUAAGUGUGUAGGUCUACUCUAAAAUGUCAGUGAGAAAACUCAUAAUUAUUCAAAAUUGCGAGUUUAUUGGUUUUUACAAAACAAACGCGUUGUAGUGUCUUAAAGUUCUAAAGUUAUCUAAAGAGUGACUUUGGAUGUUGAAUCAGCAUGACACUGCAUGUCCUGAGCAUACUUUUCAUAAGAUGGUACGUAAUUACCGAUUUCAGUUACUUAAAACUAAAUCUGUGAAUAGUUCUAUUUAGGAUUUAUUUCUCGAGAUCGACCGUUUGAGCACCCCUGUUGUAGAUGUACGUCAUAAUAAUUUUGUAAUUUUUCACAGCAAAUAAAUAUUAUAAUGAGGUA